GUAAAAAAUAUAUGUUUUUAUAAGAUUUAAGAAUAUUUAAAAGAAAAUGAAUAUAAUCAGAUAUAAAUAUUUAAAGUGUAAAAAAAUACAGCAAAUAAAUAAUUAUGGAGUAAGAAAUAUUACUCAAAGGCUAGCAAGACCAAGACAGUUUCAGCAAAUAGUUGUAUUAUCAGACAAGAGUACAUUUACAAUACCUACUACAUCACCAAAACCUAUUAUUUGGAUUACAAAAGAUCAGCGAAACCAUCCAUUAUGGAAUCCAAAUAAAAAACGACAAAUUGAUGAAAGCGACAAAGAGAGUAGACUUUCUAAAUUCAAACAAAGAUUUGGAACAAAGUAUAACAUUGCAUAAUACAAUACAUGUUUAAUAUUUAUUUUAAAAUACAAAUACAUACA